AUGAGUUCCAGCUCUGAAGUAGUCCAUCGAAUGACGGACGAAAGCUCAGCCCGUUUGCGCUCGAAAUGUGGAAGGAUGUCUCGUCGACCGCAUCAACCCAAACGCCGUAUUGAAGCUAAACGGCACCAUGGUACAGCGCGAAUCAGCCACCGCCUUCUCGUGUUUGAUCGACCUUCGAAUCUUUUCUUUAUGCACUUUUAUAGAAAAUUAAAGUCGCCCCAACAACGGAAUCAUGCUGCAAUCAUGCAGGCCAAACAUUAA